CAGAAUAACACGUCAGGGAGGGAAAGUUCGGUAAAGUGAAUCUCAGAUAUUACAGUGAAUUUCCGACAUUACAGUGAAAAUCUGAUAUUGCAGUGAAUGUUAGAUAUAACGACUAAACUAGUUGAAGAGUUAUAAAUCAUUAGCAUUAUAACGCUGGUAGAUCAAUAUGACUUGUGUGGUAAGAUCCUGGUUAUUGGGGAGCCAUGAAAGAACAUUCUGCUGAUGUCAGGGAGCAGUGAAAGAACACUCUGCUGAUGUCAGGGAGCAGUUAAAGAACAUUCUGCUGAUGUCAGAGAGCCGCGAGAGAUCAUUCUGCUGAUGUCAAAGAGUUAUUCGCCUGAUUGAAUCAUUUUAAUCCGAUAAUAAAAUGUAAGCAAAAAAGUCUUUGCCAGCGAGUAUUUCGCUGACGCGGCGUUUAGGCAGCUGGUGAAAGCACUAACGUCACAGUUCUACGUCGAGGCAUGAAAAGGAAAUCUGCACAGGUUUCAACAUCUGAGCAGCACGACAAUCUACCGACGCACUUACGAUCAACGUCAAAGAAAAAUUUCCAGCCGAGGCUGAAGACGAGUUUUCAGAAGCGGACCACCCCAAGACUACUGAAAACUGACCGUUCCCUUUCGCCUGCAGGGGCCCAACGCGACGUCGAAGUGUCUCCUACAGUACCCUACCACAACCAAAAACUGUCACCUUCAGUACCCCACCGCGACCUAAAACUGUCUUCAACAGUACCCCAACAGAACCUAAAACAAGCACCCGAAGUCCCCCUACGGCAAUUGAAGCUUUCUCCUGCUGGGCUCCAACGCGAUCUCGACCUUUCAUCGGAAGUGCCUCACCAGGCCUUGAAGAUAAGUUCCUCAGUUGACAACACCAUCAAUUUACCAGCCAUUAACCCACCUUUUGAUGUUACGUUGUUGGGCAGUGAAUUGGAUCCCGACCCUGCGAAGCGAAUGCAACUGAAUCACGAAAAACAACUGCUUGAUACUGGCGAUGGACGAGCUGACGAGGUGAUCAAUCGAGCCUCUAGCCCCAACAAAGAAACAUUUACAGUGAAUUCGAAUGCAUUUCUGGAACUUAAACCUAAUUCUGAUACAAAAAUUAUAGAGGAAAGUAAAGUCAUAAGUGUAAAAAACGGUAAACGUGUCUUAAGUCCAAAAAAUCUUUCUACUGAUCCCGACAAGCUAGUAGGUCACAGUUGCAGCGCUGACACCCCAGGACCAUUCGAGAACAUCCAAGACCCCAGUAACAAUGACGACAAUUUUUCCAGUCCACAGGGCAAACACCGACGAAUUUUAGACCCAAGUCUGCCUCCAGCAAAUGAACAUUCGCAAAACCUUGAACCAAGAUCUACGAAUCUGAAGGAUCACCUCUUGAUGCCACCGAACUGCCACAACAAUCCUCUCGAUGCCACUUGCUCGCCUAAGUCCACCAAGUCGGUGACCUUCGAGGAACUAGCAAGUUUGCACAAUUAUGAAACGACCGUUGGUAAAGUCACCAAGAAAACUAGCUUCAAAUUAAAAAAGAAGCCCAAGAAAUCUGAUCCCAAUGAGCAAAGUGAAGACGAACCGAAAAACGAGCAACAAGUUGUAUCGAAAGAAAAUGUGAUGCCCGUUGGAAUUUUGAAAAAGAAAGGCACCGAUUCGCCUCCUACUGGAACCACUGCAGAGGCUUCGGAAAAUGGCAUAGUUUGCGAUCAACCUCAAGAAACACUCGGAAAUUCCGAUUCAAAAUCAAAGGAGACACUGAAAGAUAUAGGCAAGAAUUCAGAAAACUCAUCAACUUCAGACAUCCAGAAGUCAUCUGCUGCGCACCAUUCUGGAGCACACAUGAAAUUAAAGUCAACAGGCAAUUCUACUAAACAUGCGGAAGUAAAAGCACGCGAUGACGCUGGUGACGGAUUUGGGCUGAAUGAGGACGGGCCUGCUUUUAAGUCUAGUGAAAUAAAGCAGACCCUUGGUGACGAGAACGUGAAGGAACCUCAUGAACUUCCACCCUCGAGUGAGGCCUCCAACGUAGAAGUGAUCACGACGAGCAAGAACUCCGGCGAGGGUUCAGAAGACGAACCAGCAUCCAGCGAGGAAGAAGACCAAGAAUCCAAUCCAGACAAUGAAUCAAAAGAAAAUAAUAAAAAUCUCAACCAUCGAGAUGACAAUUAUUUGGUAGGGAAUGAUCAUACUGGAGAUGAACCAAAAUAUUCUGACGUAGAACCUGAGCAGAUGAGAAAAUUUGCCCCACAUGAUGACAUGACUAAUGUCGAUCUUAGAGACAUGGCGAAUCGGAAAGCACAAUUUGGCAAAGAGUCAGAGCAACUCGAAAAUUUGAAUUCAAAAAACAAUAGGAAAAGUACUAACAAUGUUUCUGUUAGUCGUGACCAACCGGUGACUGACCAACGUUCUGCUCGAGUGGACGAGUCGGAGGCUGACUAUGACAAAGAGGAUCUUCAAAGUCGGAAAUACUUAGUUGACGAAACGACAACCGAAAUAGACGACUAUUUUUCUCCACACCCUAAUUCCGGGGAACGCGUUGAAAAUUCAGCCUACGCUCAACUCUCUAGAACCCGUAGACAUGACAGACACGAAAACAGACUCAAUGACGUUCACCUUACAAACGACCUGAACUACAACAGAAGCAUGGCCUAUGAAGGAUCUCAAAUAGCCAGAACCCCAAAUGAAGAGAGAACCAGUGGAACCUUGACCGAGCGUUACGAGGAGAGACCGAGGCCUAAAGUGUAUAGGUUGAUAACUGUCAAGUCCGCUACCUUAAGGGAUCUUUACACUGCCGAUGGGAAGAGAUACUCAGUAAUUGUCGCCCCUGAUGGCAACGGGGUGUAUGGUUCAACUAGUAGAAGUGGUCCUGACGCAGUGAGAGGUUGUGAUAGGUACUAUCUAAGUGACAGCGACCACGUCAACGCUAACUAUCAAACAGGAUUUAGUGGUACAAACCGGCGGCGAAGUAAUAGCUUUUCCGACACAUACGUGCUACAAAAUUCUUACAAUGGCGGCAAUUUCCUGAAUUCUUCGCUUCAGUACCAAAGUCUCGGCAACAUAAGCGACCCAAAUCUGUACAGUAACAGAACUUUUAGCCACAGCAACCAACCUCAACCCAGAAUGGCACCCUCGUCCCUUAGCUUCAACCCACCUCUCGAUAAGGUCUAUCGCAUCAGCCACAGUUCGAACAACAUUUAUAAGGGGAUGGACCCUUUCUAUGGAGGGAGCUCUGUCCGGAGCAGCGUCAGCGACACGGAUAUAAGUUCCUCCAUGUCGCGCGUUGCCGGGAUGGAGAACAACAAUAACCUUAUGAUAUCAAGGACAAAACUACUGCCAGUCCUUGAGCAUCCCAAAAACAAGAAGAAGCAGAAGGGAUUCUUCAAUUUCAACUUCAAGUUUCCCUUGUGGGGUGGGAAAAAGGACCCGGAAAAAGAAAGGAUGGAGGCAGCCAAGGUAGCCGAGUUCGGGCAGCCCAACGUCGGGCAGGCCAAGCAUCACGGUGAGCAACUGGAGCGCGUUCCCGGUGACCUCGUGAUGUACGACAAGCUCACCCUGCGCCCCGUCACGUCUUCCAGGAGGGGGCUGACUUCCCCCCACCCUGUCCCCCUAACUCUCCUUCCCAGCAAGGCACUACCCCAGCUGAGAGGAUCAGUUCCCGUCAAGCCCCCGUACGAGUCUCUGAAUCGUGGCCUUCCUCAUGACCUCAACAGCAGGGCCUUCGUCGGAGGGGGCCUUCAGAGUGUCAUGGUGGACUCCCAGGGUCUCAGUAGUCGGGACAUGCAGGGCCUUAACGGUCUAGUCAUCAGCCAUGGCAAGAGCGACUCUGUGGACAGCAGCGACGGGUUACGGCGCAGUCGACUUGACUCCCACCGACCUACUUCUAUGGGGGAAUUCUUCGACCCUACCCAUGAUAACCCCGGGGACGUGCUGCCACCUCCUCCACCGCCUCGUCGAGCCUACAAGCUCGUAAGGGAUGGCGGCACUUCUCUGCUCGUCCCCACGUCCGCACGACUGCUAGAAACCAUGAGACUAGAGGCACUCCAGGUUUCCCCACCCGUCCCUUCCCAUGCCCCUCUCCACCCUCAGCGCUCCUACAAUGUCCAACUGCCGUCCUCUCCUUAUUUCCUGCGUAAUGGUGGGGAAGGUUAUCUCCAGCGAGGCACUUCUGACGGUCCUCAACUUCCCCCAAGGAGCGGGUCAAUAUACCUAAGUCAGUCAACAGCCUCCGUCUACCAGCCUGAAAUCCUCGCUGAUUAUCGGGCCAAACUGAGCUCCGUUCGGGCCACACUUGGCGACACAGCCCCAAUUGGUGGAGACCUGCGCCCUGGGUCGGCGCUACAACUCAACAAAUGGCCUCGUGGGGAAAUGGAACGCUCAGGCAGUGUGAUCAGUGUUCGUGAGGGUGAAAGUCCCCUCAAUAGGCGGGCUUCAAGCGCUGCCAAGAACGCACUCCUCCGAGAGAAAGUGAUGGGAGGACGCAAACCCCAGUCUCCUCCCACCUCUGGUGCUUCAUCGUCCCCCAGUCCCGUGAUGGGCACGCGGGGUUCCAAAAUCGCGUUAAAUGAGCCCACCUUCUACGAAGACGAGCGCUUCGUUAGACCUGGUGAGUCGUACUCUGCUCCUGUAGGAGGCGGCAACCAAAUCGUGGGCGAUGCACCCCGACGGUCGUCUAAAGUGGCGGCAUUGGUAGACGGCUUCAACGCUGCCCUCGAGACCCGACACCGACAUUACCAAACUCAGAAUCAAGGCGUCCAAACGGCUUCUCCCGUCGUCACGGGGCGCUCCCGCCGGUCUUUGGAGGAGCUGGCGGAACAAGAAGCCCGUGCGACCAUUAGCGCCACCAGGCAUGGGAGGCACGAUCGGGAAGUUAUUAUUAGUGCUUCAAGACAAAGAGAUUACGAACACGAGAUUACAUCUGGUGGAUCGCGACAUAACGAUUACGACCAUGAGGUUACGUCUAGUGGGUCGCGACAAAGAGGUUACGACCAGGUAGAUCCGUCUAAGGGGACGCCACGAAGAGGUUACGACCAAGAAGUUUCGUCUAGUGAAUCGCGACAAAGAGGUUACGACCAGGAGGUUACGUCCCCAGAAAUACCGGGGUGUCAAGUGCGUAUUCCUUACACGCCUCCCCCCACUGCGGUUUCAGGCGAUCCUCUAACCAACCUCGAGUCAUGCCAACCCUUGAACCCAUACAUCCUCUCGCUUGCUGCUCAUGAGACACACCCGCCUCGCAGGGCGAAGACUCCUCAGGACCCUCCUCGGGCUCGACCCGUGUCAGCUCUGAAUCCCGACACCCGCACAGAAAGCUCGGAUCCCCGUAAUACAAACCGGGAUCACCGACCAAGAGAUCCGCCCGCGGACUGCAACAAAGCUGUCAACCCAACUGACGUCCUCACAACUGAAGUGGACGCUGACAACAACGACGAUGUUCCUGACACCGGCGACAGUGGACUGGGCAGCGACAGCGCCAGCUCCUUCACCCCUAUGGUGUCCAGCAACCCUCCCACCACAGUUGAACCCCAACAGGAGAACCUGGGCCGCGACUCUUCGGCCAUCAGUCGCUCGCUGCACCGUGGAAUCUCCAAGGCUCCUCAAAACGCCCCCGUCGUCUGCAGGGCCAGGAACGAGCUCACCCAGGGCCUGUGGGACGCCCUGGACGGCAGUAGCGUGGCGGGAGGCGCCGUCGAUGCACCGCUCCACAGCUUCAUGCUGCCCGACCUCUCUGUCUACGAGCCGAACUUCCGUUGGUUCGUGGAGCGUGACCUGGUGGAGGUAUCGACGUUGCACGCGCUCGAGAGCUGUGGGCGCCUCAACUGGUGGUGGGGCCCCUGCCGGCGCCUGUGGCCUCUCGCCACCACGGGGGAUGGCAACUGCCUACUGCACGCCGCGUCCCUGGGCAUGUGGGGGUUCCACGACCGUCUGCUGUCCCUGCGGUCUGCGCUGCAUGCCUUCAUGACUGUAUCGCCUUACGCCACGGCGCUGUGGCGACGCUGGCGCUACCACACGGCACGUGCCAACUCCGACACCGGUUUGGUGUACAGUGAGGCAGAGUGGGCCAACGAGUGGGCUAAUGUACUGCGACUCGCGAGCACCGCCCCCCGCAACACCGACCCACCACCACCGCCCCCCACGGACCCCCCCAGCAACACCACUUCGAGUCCCCCUGAGGGCUCACCCCAAUCACCCCAACCCCCGCUGGGUGGUCGCACAUCUCCCUCGAGUCGCAGCGGGAACGGCGAGGGCGGCGGAGGCGGGGCGGUGUACGAGAGCCUGGAGGAGGUGCAUAUCUUCGCCCUAGCGCACGUCCUGCGCCGCCCCAUCAUCGUCGUGGCCGACACCACGCUCAAGGACGUGCACGGCGCCCCACUCUCCCCCAUCCCCUUCGGUGGGGUGUACCUCCCCCUGCAGCACCCACCCUCGGAGUGCCAGGCCUGCCCACUCCUGCUCACCUACGACGCCGCCCACUUCUCCGCUCUCGUCGCCAUGGACGAGCCUGGGGACGCCGCCCCACCUGCCGUAAUCCCCCUGACGACGCGGCAGCACGCGCUGCUGCCGCUGCACUUCGCCGUGGACCCCGGGGAGGCCUGGACCCCCAACGCCGACCCCGACCCUCCCAUCGAGCCCCUCUCGUACCACCGCAAGCUGCACCUCCUCAAGUCCUACCUGCACGUCGUCGAGGUGCCCAUCUCACGAGACUUCAGCGACUACCAGGAGUUCGAGUACGAACCCUCCGCGGGGGGGUCAGCAGCCCUCUCUAAAUCCUCAGAGUCGAGCGGCGACAGCGAUGACACCUCUUGCACCUGCGACCCCCCGUCGGGGGGGACGGUGGACCCCUCGUCAGGACACCUGACGGUGCCAAGACCCUGUCCCAGGCACAGCUCGAAGCUGGGCACGCUGGGCCGCAGCGUUUCCAAGAAGUUCAAGAGCCUCAAAAAGAUGGGGCGUCCCAGCUCCUUCAGGAAGAAAGAGGAGUCCGAUGUUGCUAAGAGGACACGGUCCCUCAGACGAAGGGCGUCCUCGAGAAGGCCGCAUGGGUCCCAGAACUUCAUUUUAGGCGCAGCCAUCCACACCGAGAAGCGCAUGGCCUUCCAGGAGAAGAUGGUUAACAACUACUUGGCCAACGCCAGGCGCCGCUUCCAGGAGCUCCAGGAGAACAAGAAAAAGAAUGAACAAGAGACGAAACCCUCGGCGAUUGACGGGGACUCACGCGUCCCCAGACUGGACGUGGGCCCAGAAGUCCCCCUGGGGGAGGGGGAGGAGGAGAAAUCCCCCUGUGUCAACGCUGGGUGCGGGAAGUUUGGCUCCGCCAGAACCUCUUACCUUUGCAAGGAUUGUUACUCCAAACAGAAAGACGGGGAGUUGGCGCUGGACAGAGGGAAACGUAGCGAUGAGUCCCCCUCCUCCUCAAUGGAGGAGACUCACGUGUCUCCUGGCGAGGAACCUCCUGAUAAACCUUUGCCUAGGACGCCGGCACGUCCCUUGUCUCUCGAUGGUCCCCGACACGGGGUGGGAAGGUCCCGUUUCAAUGCAAACCUCAGCCCCGACGCUGCCCCUUUACCUACUUCGCGGUCUCCUUCUUUGUCCCAACCGUCCGCUCUCUUCUUAUCGAAGUCAACUUUCUAUAACGACGGCAAUCCCGACCCCGGGGGGCCUAAUGACAAAAAAGGCCCUGGCCCAGCGGCCCGGACGCUGCCCCCUGCGGGAGGCAACAAACCACGGCCCCCCAAGCGAGACCAAAGCCGUCGUCGGUCCAACAGCCCGAGUGACCGCACUAACAGCAACAUCAAUGUCGCCCUCACCACUACCAAUGAUAAUAAUAACUACAAUAAUAAUAAUAAUAACAGCAAGAAGCCCCCCAGGCCCGUUGAUCGGAAGGCUAGAGUAGAUUUGAAAGGAGCUGCGCCCCCCCGCGUGUGCCGGAGGGAAGGCUGUGACUUCUUCGGUAAUGAAAUCUUCGACGGUUUCUGCUCACAGUGCGUUGCCCUCGACUGACCAGUCAACCCAUUACCCUUGCCUGCCAAGGGUAAUUAUCCAUCACAUUACCCCUUCACUACCCUCGCUCUACAUACCAAGCCAAGUUCCUAAGGAUCCCUGAGACGACGCCUCGAAUUUAUGUAGUCUUUUACAUUUUGGUACGCUUUCUUGUGAUGUUACUGCGAUGCCUUGAUGCAGCUAGACUAGAUGAAAACUAGUUAUAAUAACGCUAGGCAGACUAGUGAUACGACUGAGAUGUCUAGGCAGCUCCGUGAUAUUUAGUUUUAGGUGGGUGAGGUGCUUUCUAGGCUUAAAUCUCGUUCCUAGCACAAGGCUAUUUUUCUACGCAAAUCUUUAUCUUUAAACUUGAGAUAUCAGUAUUGUGAGUGCCGGCAACUGCUCGGUGCUAUAGUCGCUGUGUCCUGGUCGCUGCGGUUGUGUCCUGGUCGCUGCGGUUGUGUCCUGGUCGCUGCGGUUGUGUCCUGGUAGCUUCAGUUGUGUCCUGGUCGCUGCGGUUGUGUCCUGGUCGCUGCGGUUGUGUCCGGGUCGCAGCGGUUGUGUCCUGGUUGCUGCGGUUGCAAGAGCCUCUAAACUAAGUUAAGUGAGUGUUGCACGCAAUUUUAAUAUCCGAUGAGUACGCGAGAUUUGGUGAGUGACGGGUUUUGUUUUUUCGCACAACUGGUGAAGCUAACUGUCCGCGUUGCUGAACGAAUGUAGCAAGUAAUCGUUUAUAGUUAACUGUAUUAGGACCUAUCCCUGUCUUAACUGAUCUCCUAGAAACAUCGCGUCUUUCUUAACCCUCUACCGCCGUAUGUCACUCUCAGAGAGUAAAAUACGACGUGUGUGUAGUAUAUUGAGUGUAGCAACCUGAAGACGUUUAACAUUUUAAAGUGGUCGUACGU